CUUUUUCUUGCACUCAAAAUUUUUUCUUGCACUUUAACAUCAUGUCUUAUUUUGGCCGUGGGUCUAGGCAGGUUUCCUCUUCUCACAGUGGUGGAACAUCUGCAAAGCUUUCUGGUUGUGGAGCAUAUGGCUUGGGUGGAGGAUCCAGUGCAGGAAGCCUUUGUAGCCGGCCAACCUGGAGCGCUGGAUCAGGAUGGGGUGGCAUUGGAGGUGGCACUGGGGGUAGCUUUCAUAUUUACAAUUCUUCUGGUUCCCUUGGCAUUGACGGGGGACUUCUCUUUGGUGGGGAAAAAGAAACCAUGCAAAAUCUGAAUGACCGUUUGGCUUCCUAUCUGGCUAAAGUACAUGCUCUGGAGGAAGCAAACAGUGAGCUUGAACUAAAAAUCAAGAACUGGUAUGAGAAAAAUGCAUUUCAGGCUGAUGGAGGAUUCCGUGAUUAUAGCAAAUAUUACGCUUCCAUUGAUGAACUUCGAAAUAAGAUCAUUUCAGCAAGUGUGAACAAUGCCAACAUUAUCCUCCAAAUAGAUAAUGCCAGACUGGCUGCAGAUGACUUCAGAAUGAAAUACGAAAAUGAGGUAUUCUUUCGCCAGAGUAUUGAGGCAGACAUCAACGGUCUGCACAAAGUCUUUGAUGAAGUUAUUCUAUCCAAGAGCAAUCUAGAAUUGCAAAUUGAAAGUCUGAUUGAAGAGCUGGCUUUUCUCAAGAAGAACCAUGAUGAGGAAAUAAGAGGUCUGCGAGGACCAACUUCAGGGAAUGUCAGUGUAGAAAUGAAUGCUGUCCCAGGACCUGACUUGACCAUCCUUCUGAAUAAAAUGAGAGAAGAGUAUGAGGCUCUGGCAGAGCAAAAUCGUCAAGAUGCUGAAACCUGGUUCGUCAAAAAGAGUAACGAAUUAAAUACAACAAUCAGUAUGAGUGCCAAGGAGACCAGCACCAACAAGAAAGAGAUUGCAGAGUUAAGACGCACCCUUCAGGGUCUGGAGAUAGACCUGAAAACUCAGCUUACUUUGAGACAAUCUCUUGAAACCACCCUGGCUGAAACUGAAGAUGGUUACUGUUCCCAGCUCUUGCAAAUGCAAGGGCUCAUUAACAAUACCGAGGCCCAAGUAAAACAGGUGAGAGAUGACAUGGAGUCCCAGAAUGCAGAUUAUAGACAACUCUUGGACAUCAAGAUCCACCUUGAGAAUGAGAUUGAGACCUAUCGGCAUCUGAUUGAUAGUGAAAAAAGUGAAUUUGUCUACAGAGACACAAAAACCUUAGAAUCUGGAACAGAUUUGAAAUUAAGAGGUACAGAAUAUGGCACAAGAGGCCUUGGAUCAGGAAGAGACUCCAUUUCUAGUGGAACUGAAGCUAUAGACACCAACUCCGAAUCCAAAGAAAAAGGUAAAGAAACAAAGAGAACUACAGUGAUUAAAACAAUAAUUGAGGAAUUAGAUGAGCAUGGGCGAGUAACAUCCUCCAAGGUGCAGUCUGUCGAAGAAAAGACAGUGAUAUAAGCAUCAACAUGCUAUUGAUACAGACUAUCUGGCUUCUAAUAAUGCCACAGAAAGCAUGUCUUAUUUUCAUUAAUGUUUCUACAUACUGAGAAAUCUUUCAUUUCCUUAAUAAGAAAUAUGUUGAGACUUCCUGACCGUUCUCCUUAGAAUUUAGUUACCGGUAGAUGAAAAGUAUGCUUUAUCACUAGCUAUUGAAUUUUUUUUCUUCCUGGAAUUAUUUAAAACUACAGUAAAAUCUCGCUUAUCCAACCUUCAUUUAUCCAACAUUUUGUAUUAUCCAAGGCAGUCUGCCUUUUAGUAGUCAAUGUUUUUGUAGACAAUAUUUUAAAUACAUUACGAUGUUUUGGUGCUAAAUUCAUAAAUACAGUAAUUAAUAUAUAACAUUACCAUGUAUUGAACUAUUUCUGUCGAUUUGUUGUAAAACAUGAUGUUUUGGUGCUUAAUUUGUAAAAUCAUAACUUGACAUUUAAUAGGCUUUUCCUUAAUCCCUUAAUCAACAUUUUUGCUUAUCCAACAUUCUGCCGGCCCAUUUAUGUUGGAUAAGCUAGACUCUACUGUACCUUAAUUGGUUUCAUAUAAAUGUAUUUCCAAACCUGAUUUUGUGAAUCACAAAGUUUGUUCUACAUUACAAGGGAUUGUGUGACAUGAAGAUAGACUCACAAUACUUUGUAUCUUGGAAUAUUUUCUCUCUAAUUCUGACAACUGUUUGACAUUUAUUGGAUCCGGAUGAAAUAAAUCAUUCUGAGG